GACACCCCAUAGGGACACCUCAUAGAGGACACCCCAUAGGACACCCCAUAGACAGACACCCCAUAGGGUGAUGGCUGCACGGGGGCGGGUCGUGCAGUUGGUGUGUGUGGCAACACCGGGUCCUUCCUUCCUCCCUCCCUCAUCCUUCCCCAUCCCGCAGGGCGGGGGCCGCUGUUGGGGCAUCUCAUGGGUGGGGAGCUGGGGGCACCGGGGGGGAUGGGAAUUGGGGGGGGGGGAUAUAAAGGGCCCCCCAACCCAUGGGGUCACAGAGCUCAAUGUCGCCCUUUUCCUCCUGGUAGAGGCCGCAGGGUCGGGGCCGUCCUGCAGCACAGCAAUGCACAGCAAGGUGUUCAAGUACCGGCUGUGGGACAUGAACCAGCAGUGUCUGUACCUGUGCGAUGACCAGCUGGUGGCCGGGCACCUACAAGGAGCCAACGCUGCGCUGGAGGAGAAGGUGUUCUGGGUCCCCAACCGCUUCUUCAAGCCCGAGCUGCAGCCCGUCAUUAUGGGCAUCAGGGACGGGACCCGCUGCCUGGCCUGUCCCACUGCCCCACAGCCCACACUGCGCCUCCAGGACGCCGUUAUCACGGAGCUGCCCGGUACCGGUCCAUCCUCGCUCCCGUUCACGUGGUUCCGCUCGUACCGGGCCGGGCUGUGGCGCUUUGAAUCGGCCGCCAACCGCGGCUGGUUCCUGUGCACGUCGUCCUGCGCCCACCAACCCGUGGGGCUGUGGCGCUGCCCGGACCCCUCCCACGUCCUGGAUUUCUAUUUCCAGCUGUGCUCUCAUGGGGCUGGAUUUGUCCUUGUCACCUCUCGUGUCUUGGCAGCCGCCCUCAGCCCCGUCUCGCCCCAUAGGGGCUGUGGGGCGCGUCCUGUGGGGCAGCACCAGGGAUGGCAGCACCAGGAGCGGCCGCUGGGGGUGGAGAUGGAGGCGGCAGCCGGGGAUGGAGACCCAGAGGAGUCAGUUGUGGACCCCGACAUGGUGGCCUUGUUCGAUGACUUCUUGGGGAGAGUGGAUGAGUUCACCUCCCCGUCGAUGGCCCCGAGGGCUGAGCCGUACCACUACGUGCUGAGGGACACGGAGCACAAGGGGCUGUGCCUGCGGGACGGGCACCUGGUGGCUGCCAACCUGCAGGGAGCCAACAGCCAGCAGGAGGAGCCCAUCAGCGUGGUGCCCAACCGGCACCUGGAGCGUCAGCGCUGCCCCCUGUUUGUGGGGGUCAAUGGGGGGAAAAAGGCGCUGAGCUGUGGGACCGGACCUGAGCCACGACUGCAGCUGGAGGACACCCACCUCCUGUCCCUGUUCUCCUCCCCGGACUCCUCCGUCCCGUUCACGUUCUUUAAGUCUUUCUCCGGUUCCACUCACUCGUUCGAGGCCGCCGCGUUCCCGGGUCGGUUCCUGUGCACGGUCCCACAGCCGGACCGGGAGCUGGGCCUGGCACCGAGGGCCGCCCCGGGCUCCAUCACCUCGUUCUACAUGCGGCGACACCGGGCCCCAGAGCAAUAAAGGCCGUUCCCGUUA